GGGUUGUGUAGAGGAAGGCUGUUCCACUAUGUUUUGGAAGCGCCGGACUCCCGCAUCACUCGGCCGUUUAAAACCGUGACAGAACGAAUCAGUGUCAGGUUUGCGGAAUACAUUUGCCGGUAGAGAUUUAUUUCCUCUCGGGGGGAUUAUGUGAAGGCCUACUUUUGCCGUGUGUCUGUCCUUUUUUGGGGAAAAAAGUGUGUGGAAAAGAUGGCGCGCGUGCUGGCUAACUUUGGUCUGGCUGUGGCGGUGGUGCUGGUCGCGCUGGUGCUGUUCAGACUUCCACACGGUGCAGCCGAGCCUAGUGUCAGCCCGGAGGAGAGGUCCUGUCAGGGUGCCUUCGACCUGUAUUUUGUCCUCGACAAGUCUGGAAGUGUCAAAAACCACUGGAUUGAGAUCUAUUCGUUUGUGGAACAUCUAGCAGAAAAAUUCAUAAGCCCAAUGCUAAGGAUGUCAUUCAUUGUCUUCUCUACUCGUGGAAACACCAUAAUGAAACUAACAGAGAAUAGGGGUGAAAUUACCAAAGGCCUGAACAUACUGAAAAAAGAGGUACCGGGUGGUGACACGGCUAUGAAUCUUGGAUUGCAGAAGGCCAACGAGCAAAUAUAUUAUGGAAAUUAUGGGACAGCCAGUGUAAUCAUUGCUCUGACGGAUGGAGAGUUAAAUACAAAUCAGUUACUCACAGCCCAGCAAGAGGCACAACGGGCCAGGUCUUUGGGAGCCAUAGUGUACUGUGUGGGGGUGAAAGACUUCGAUCAGGCACAGCUGGCCACCAUUGCAGACACGAUUGAGCAUGUGUUUCCUGUUGUGGGAGGUUUCCAGGCCCUGAGGGGAAUGAUUGAUUCUAUCAUCAAAAAGUCGUGCAUUGAGAUUUUGGCAGCCGAGCCCUCAAGUGUGUGUGCUGGAGAGUCCUUCCAAGUGGUAGUGAGGGGAAAUGGAUUUUUGUACGCUAGAAACAUCAAUCAGGUCUUGUGCAGCUUCAAAAUCAACGACACAGUCACUGUGGACGAGAAACCUGUAAACAUCGAAGACACACUCCUGCUUUGUCCAGCACCGGUGAUAAAUGAAGUCGGGAAGGUGAUUUAUCUCCAGGUCAGCAUGAAUGAGGGCUUGUCCUACAUCACUAGUGCAGUGCACAUCACUACCACAGAAUGUUAUGAUGGCACCAUCGUCCUCUUGGCAUUGAUGGUGAUCUUUCUGCUGGUGGGUUUGCUGCUGCUGUGGUGGUUCUGGCCUCUGUGCUGCACUGUGGUAAUAAAAGAGCCACCUCCACCUCCCCCACCUGAGCCUGAGUCUGAGGAUGAAGAUGGGAUGCCAAAGAAGAAGUGGCCUACAGUGGAUGCCUCAUACUAUGGGGGCAGGGGAGUUGGAGGCAUUAAAAGAAUGGAGGUGCGAUGGGGGGAUAAAGGCUCUACUGAAGAAGGGGCUAAGCUGGAGCUGCCUAAAAAUGCAGUGGUGAAGAUGCCUGAACAUGAAUUUGAGCCAUUUGAGUCCAAGCCCAUGAGGACUCCCAGAAGCCGGGCCUCCUCGAGGAGGAGGUGGUACACUCCUAUUAAGGGAAAACUAGAUGCUCUGUGGGCACUGUUCCGCCGUGGAUACGACCAAGUGUCACUCAUGAGACCCAAGCCUGGAGAUCAGGGUCGAUGCAUCAACUUCACACGAGUAAAAGAAGCAGCAGCCAGCGCACCAGUGCACCAACCUCCACCUCCACCGCCCCCACCAGACCAUCAGCCCCUCAUGCGCCCCACCACCUCAGCCCCUCCCAGCAGACCACCCUCCCGCGGACCCUCUAUCAGCCGGACACCCCAUGGACCCCCACCAGCCAGAGCACCCCCAGGCCCCCCAAGACAGCCUCCCUCUCGCCCCCCACCUUGCCCUGGGAACCGGCACUGAGAACAAUGGGGAACCUUUAUCACUCUAAAUUCUCUGCCUUUACCAACAUAAAUGCUGGUAUUUAUCUUUAAGCCACUGGCUUGCAGCGCUAACAUUUUUUAUAUUUGUUGCUGGACAGCAAAAAAAAAAAAUCACAUCUAAAACUACAGUUUAUUCUUAAAGGUACUGUAGUUUGGAUGGAUAGGAUUGUACAGUCUGUCUUAAGUUGGGUUUUGGAUCUGCUGUAAAGACAAUUUGACUUUUUUGUCGUUGGCUUUGGUGAGUUUAGAAGUUUAGGUCCGUGGGUGUAUAUAUUUUUGGAAAAGCAGCAUUCUGUUUUAUUUUAGAGGCUUAUGAAUAUUGAUGAGUGUGGUUUAGUGGGUCAGAUCAAUCAUAAUGUUAAUUAUUGAAUGUUGAAUGUGACUAAAUGACUGAAUGUUUAUGCUGAAAGUUGAAAGAUAGAGAGAAUUCCAACUGAAUUUUUAAACUGAAAGGAAUGGAGCAAGUGCAGGUUGGUCAGCUGUAAGAUAUUCCUCAUGCUUUAAAUGCAAUAUCCUCAGAUCACCUAGUUACACCCAUACAAACAGAAUAAUUGCAACUGCGGGGCAGUUUUAUCCUCUUAAUUUAUUUAGCCUUGGUUUCCUGGAAGGCACUUGAGCACAGACAGACAGGGUGUCCAUUGUUAUUAUGGGACACUAAGCAUUGGACACAGUUUCAACUGACCCCAUCUAUUUUUAUAAUCACCAGUGCUGCCUUUCUGUUGUGUGCAUUGUUGCUUUGUAUUGUUGUGGUAUUUGUAGUUCCAUUCUGUGGUAUAGGUUUGAGAUUGGAGCGCUGUGCAUGUGACAAAAUGGGGUGGGUAUGGGGGUGACCCUUUUACAUAUAAUGCUUAAUCUACCAAAGCCAAAACAUGCAUUAAAAAAGGUCUUAUGUAAAACAGUGGAAAUCCUGUAGGGCAGAAUUGGUUGUUCUCAAUUGACACUAAUGCUACCGACUGAGUAAAUAUUGUUGCCAAAUAUUAAACAUUUUGUAACCCUCAAUGUGUGGAGUUAUAUGUCUUUAAAACAGUAAGUGUAUGAAUUUGAUUACAGCAAGGAGUUACCAGGUCAUGUACACACUGCUUUUGGACUGCCCAGAAGUGAUGUUAUUUCUUUGUUGUUUCUCAGUCUGGUCUGGUCUGGGGUCCUGCUUCCUUUCAUUCCGCACAUGCUUUCUGCAUAACUGUGGGGCAGUCUGAAGUGACACUGGAGAACUGCAAACACACUGCCUGCAUAUAUACACAGCUAUUGCGGAAAUACACUUCAGGUUUUCCUCUACUUCACCUACUGAGGUUGAGUAAUUUACAGUUAUGAAUAAGAUUAAAGGGAUCUCUUGUGUAGGAGUGUGUAUUUUUUUUCAUUGUUUAGGCUGGACCUACAUUUUACUUCAAGUCAGGCCCUCAGGUGAUUUUUAUUUCUGUAAAUAAAAUAAAUAGGUAUAUUAUAAUAUACAUACCCUUAGUGCUGAAUAACUGGGUGUAUUUAAAAAAAAAAAGUUUAUGAAUGGCUUAUUCUGUAGAGAUAUACUUUUUUUUGGUCUGUUCGGUUCGUACACACAAAAAAAAUGUCAGGGGCAGUGUGGGCACUCAGCAGCAUCUAAAAUAAUAAACUGUUUUGAAGGAUGGCCGACCAAGCCUGUAUGACGUUACUUGCCAGUAACACGCAUAAAACAUCAUCAGUUGACGUACCAAUUUCUUAAUUUUUAUUAUUUAUAAUAUUUUGCUGGUCUGUGUAUCUUUUGACCAAUCAAGUCUCACCAAACCAUAAUGGUGCUGCUUUCCCAGGGUUACAGCCACAAUUGAGAGGGAGUUUGAGCCCUGGAGGGGUCACUAAAGGAAAAGUAAUUGAAGAGCAAAAUCCAUACACACGAAUUACUAAACCGUACAAAGGAAUUUGUAAAUCAUACCCACAGAUUGAAAAUGGGCUACGGCAAAUAAAUCUGUGGGUAUAGUUUAGUAAUUUGUAGUACGGUUAAUAAAUCUGUGUGUAGGAUUUAGUAAUCUGUGCAUAUGGUGUUGUAAUUUGUGGGUAUUGUUAUACCUUUAACUAGAAGCCAGACUCUCAUUAGAAGCUAAAGCUAAGCGUUUUGAAGCUGUUAUUUCUGCAAAAGGAGACUAAGUAUUACUAAAUAUGAAUAUAUUUUUUUUGUUGGGGUGCUCAAAUUUGUGCACCUGCCUAAUUUUGUUUAACAAACAAUUGCACACUUUCUGUAAAUCCUUUAAACUUUAUUUCACUUCUCAUAUAUCACUAUGUUCUUCUGCUAUAUGAUAUGAUUGACUGAAAUUGUUGAUCCUAACAACCAGUGAUUUAUAAAGAAUAAUCAUGAAGAAUAUCAGGGGUGGCCAAACUUUUUCAUACCACUGUAAAUGCUGGAUAACUGUAGCUGAGUCACUAAUUCUAGGCUACAGAUGAUGAGAAUUUAGACUAACUUUCCACAUUAGAGUAUAUAUUUGAAUGUGUGAUGUUAGCUGGCUCAGGUUGGUGAUGUGUUAUAUGUGACUGUUCUGUGAACCUAGCAGCUUCAUGUGCUCUUUAUCUUUCAUGCAAAGAGAGGUAAAUAUAUAAUACAUAUUAUAAACUAUGGGCUUAGAGUGGUGGUUCUCAAACUGUGGUACAGGUACCACUGGUGGUAAUCAAAGCAUUCCAAGCCGUACAAUUACCACCUGUAAUUGUUGUAAUAUCACAUUUGUUUGUGUUUAGUGCUUUACCCUUCAGAACCUGUAUGUAGGCCUAUAGUUCAGAUCUUUACUCUAGGAAUUGCAAUUUUAUAAUUAAUAACAUAAGUUUCAUUUGGACCCUGAAUAAAACUGUGUGUAACUCUGUGUAUGCACAACUGUAACUGUGGAAUACUAAGGUUCCCAUAUUUUUCUAUGGGUGCUCAACGAGCCUGUAAUGGUUUACCAUUUUUUCUACUUGAAAUAAAUGGACUAAACUUUG